AUUUAAAAUUAUUGCAGUUUCUGAAAGUGGCAACAUCAAAACAAUUUUGCGGGAAAGGAGAAAUAUUUAUUUACUUCUUUCGAAAUUUCUUUUCUGUAAUAAAUUGUUUCAGUUUUGGUUAAUUUUAAUUUCUAAAGAUGUGGUUUGCUACUGAGGUUAUAUUUCCCAGAAUUAUUCGAAGCUUUUUCUGGGUUGUCAUUAUACAGGCCAUCUAUAUUUCAUUUUUAUUCUUACUUAUGAAAAGCAUAUCAUGGAAUCCAUUUACUGGAAUUAUCGAUUGGCUGUUUUAUUUAAUUCAUUGGAAGACACUAUUAUAUCAAGUUAUACUUUGCUUAUCAACUGUAUUAUUUGGUGUUUUGAAUAUGCAAUAUUAUUCUGUUCAAAAGCAUAUACCAACAACAAGAUUUCAAAAAAUUUGUCACAUUUUGAGUCCCAGAUAUCUACAGCAUUUUAUAGUAACUUCGGGAUUAGGAGUAGUAGUUAGUUUUUGCUUUGUUGGACUUUCCCACAGUUUUGACCCUGAGAAAACAUCAAUACUUGGAAGUUGUUUGCAGGUUGAAACUGAAUUUGAAUAUUUCUUUGUUAUUCAGCAUGGUUGUUUCUCUGGGUUUAUGUUCAGCCUUAAAUAUUUCGUCUGCUGUUUAUAUCUCUUAAAAUUCUCAUUAGAACAGAAAACAAAACUUCAGUUCAUACAAAAUCAAGCCUUUGAGUUAUUGAAGGAUUCCGCCUCCUGUAUUUUGAAAAGUUUACUUUGGAACUAUUUACUUUUUUUCAUGAUCAGUUCCUUUUUACCUAGCUACAUAUUCAUAUUUUCAAAACAGCAUUUUAGUUCAGUUGAAAACAUACUGUACAGCUUAUUCAGCUUUAAACUUUUUCUUGCAUCUGUAAUGUCUGGCAUCGUUAUCUUCUUUAAUUGGAGCCUUUAUAUUUUAAUUUUCAAUACUUGUGCUGUUGAGCCAUACUGUUUCAAUAUUGAUAUGCCCACUAAGAACAAAAACAACAAAUGUUUGUCGACAGCUAUUCAAAGUUCAGAAACUGAUAUUUUAAAGUAUUUGGCUGUAAUGGACUUGAGACUGUUAGCUCAACACAACCUGAAAAGAAGACUUCAAAUUUUUGAUAUCAGUCAUCCAGGUGGACACCCAUAUCAAUGGAAUUCAAUUUCUGAAGAGUGCGAGCUGUCGCUAAAAGUUCUUCUUGAAAAGUUGCAUACUUAUGCUGUGAAUGUCGCUGCGAAAGAAAGCAAACCUGAGCAUAUUGCAAGUAAAGAAGGUCUUGAGCAAACCUAUGCUAAGCAGUAUGGUACUAAACCUUUGACAAACGUUAAUAAGAAGGUAUUCCCAUGUUUUCAGAGAUGGCCUACUGUCAUUUGCAGUUACUUUUUUGAUGAAUUGCCAAAUACUAAAAUAAAACAAAUAUUUUCCUCUUCACAAUACUUAGUAUGGAUGAUUGAAGCUCUUGGUUAUUUACUUACUGCAUCAUAUGUUGAAGAUAAAUAUGGUGUUGUGCAACUGAUGCUGCCAAAACUAGUCUGUCUUCUGUUAGAUCUAAAAAUGGCUGAAGAAAAGUUGCCUAUUGAUCCGAUUGGAAUUGAAAGACAUGUGAGAGAUCCUCAAGAUCGAUAUGAACACAUUCAUCAGAGACUAGCAUUGAAAACAGCUGUCAAUAGCUCCCUAAGUCGGAUUGCUACUGUAUUUAAAGAUGAUGUCAAGGGAAUAUAUUUACCAGAUGAAUAUGAUAGAUAUUUUCAACGGUUUCUUGAUAGGAAGAACAUAUAGAUUCCGUGGGAAAAAUUCCUUGAUUCUGAAAAAUGUGAUAUUUCAUUUAAAUUAAUGACUGAAUAAUUUAACUGUAAUGUCUACUAUGUGUUUAAUCAUGUAAAACUUAUAAAUACAUGUGAUCUUUUAUUGAUUUUUGUAAAUAUUUUAAAAUAAAUGGUCAAAGUAUAA